AACUAUCAGUUUGUUCUGGCCUUGGUUUUUGCCAUUGAAGAGAUCAACAGAAACCCCCACCUUUUACCCAAUAUAUCUUUGGGAUUUGAUCUUUACAACAUCCCAUUCAUUGAAUGGGGUGUGAUGGAUAUUUCUUUCACUUGGCUCUCAGGCCUGGACAAAAGGAUCCCUAAUUAUACCUGUAGAAGAGAAGGCAAUUCUAUAGCAGUGCUUACAGGAACAUCGUGGGCAACAUCUGCCCAGAUUGGGACACUUCUGAAACUUUACAAAUUUCCACAGAUGAUUUUAAAUCUCACCUUUGGACCUUUUGAUCCUAUCCUAAGUGACAAAAGCCAGUUCCCUUCUGUAUAUCAGAUGGCUCCCAAAGAUACAUCUCUGGUCCUUGGCAUGGUCUACUUGAUGGUUCAUUUUCACUGGAACUGGGUUGGGCUUUUCAUCUCAGAAGACCAGAAAGGUAUGGAGAUUCUCUCAGACUUACAAAGAGAGAUGGACAGGAACAGAGUCUGUGUAGCUUUUGUGGAAAUGAUUCCAGUCAGCAGAGUGUCAUAUUCUUCAGAUGUCUUGUUUAACCAUCACCAGAUCAUGAAAUCAUCUGCAAAUGUUAUUUUCAUUUUUGGGGAUACUGAUUACCUGCAAGGUGUAAUAUGUAAAUUAGGGCAAACCUUAAUGACAUGGAAAGUCUGGGUCAUGAAUUCACAAUGGGAUUUUGCUAUCACUCCAAAAUAUUUUAUGUUAGAUUUAUUCCAUGGGACUCUCAUUUUUUCACACCACUAUAGUGAAAUCUCUGGUUUUACAAAUUUUAUCAAGACAGUUAGCCCUUCAAAAUACCCAGAAGACAUUUACCUUGCUCGGUUAUGGUAUUCUUACUUUAACUGCUCAUUUUCUGGUUCUAACUGUGAAACCUUAGAAAACUGUCUUCCCAAUGCCUCCUUGGAAUUGUUGCCUAGACAUCUUUUUGACAUGGCCAUGACUGAAGAGAGUUACAAUAUAUAUAAUGCUGUGUAUGCUGUAGCCCACUCUCUUCAUGUGAUGCUUCUUUAUCAAACAGAAACACAGCCCAUGCAAAAUGGGAAAGGUGGAGUGCUUUCGCCUUGGCAGCUCCACCACGUUCUGAAGGAUAUCAAAUUUGUCAAUCUUGCUGGAGACCAAGUGAAUUUGAAUGACAAAAAGAAUGUGGAUGCAUCGUAUGACAUUCUGAACUACUGGAAUUUUCCACAAGGUCUUGGGCUUAUGGUCAAAGUAGGAACAUUUUCCCCACAUGGUCCAUAUGGUCAACAAUUAACUUUAUCUGAGGAUAUGAUAGAGUGGGCCACAGGAUUUAGGAAGACUCCACCCUCUGUGUGUAGUGACAGUUGUGGUCCUGGAUUCAGAAAAACACUUCUGGAGGGAAAGGCUGCAUGCUGCUUUGAUUGUAGCCCUUGCCCAGAGAAUGAGAUUUCUAAUGUGACAGAUAUGGAUCAGUGUAUAAAAUGUCGAGAUCACCAGUAUGCCAACAUAGAGCAAAACUCCUGUCUCCAAAAAACUGUGACCUUCCUGGCCUAUGAAGAUCCACUGGGGAUGUCUCUUGCCUGUGUUGCCCUAUGCUUCUCUGCACUCACUGCUGCUGUUUUUGGAGUCUUUGUGAAGCAUCGAGACACACCUAUAGUUAAGGCCAAUAAUCAGGCUCUCAGCUACAUUCUACUCAUCUCUCUCACCUUCUGCUUCCUCUGCUCCUUACUCUUCAUUGGUCAUCCCAACACGGUCACCUGCAUCCUCCAGCAGACAACAUUUGGAGUUGUGUUCACUUUGGCAAUUUCUACUGUCUUGGCUAAAACUAUUACCGUUGUUCUAGCUUUCAAGGUCACCGUGCCAGACAGAAGGAUAAGGCAGUUCCUGAUAUCAGGGGCACCUAACUUUGUCGUUCCACUGUGCACUGUGAUCCAAGUGAUCCUCUGUGGAAUCUGGUUGGGUACUUCUCCUCCUUUCAUCGACAUGGAUUCACAUUCUGAACAUGGUCACAUCAUCAUUGUGUGUAACAAAGGUUCAGUCACUGCUUUCUACAGUGUUCUGGGAUAUCUGGGCUCUUUGGCCUUGGGGAGUUUCACAUUGGCUUUUCUGGUCAGGAACCUGCCUGAUAUGUUCAAUGAAGCCAAAUUCCUGACAUUUAGCAUGUUGGUGUUCUGUAGUGUCUGGAUCACCUUCCUUCCUGUUUACCACAGCACCAAGGGGAAGGCCAUGGUGGCUGUGGAGAUAUUCUCUAUCCUGGCCUCCAGUGCAGGACUCCUGGGAUGCAUCUUUGCCCCCAAGUGCUACAUUAUUUUAUUAAGGCCAUAUAGGAGCUCUCUGCAUGGCUUCAGUUAUAAAACACAUUCUGACAAUAAUAGACUUGCUUAA